AUGUACGCUAGCAUGCAAAAUUCGCUGAAGGAAGCUGAACGGAGCAGGUCGAGUACCACGUCCGUCAGCGAGUUGCAUCUGCCGAACUCGGUGAAGUACAACUACGCCGUGCUGUCGGAAGUCGAGGAAGUUGCCUCCUCGUCAGCCUCCGCCGCAGCCGCCAAGCCCAACCUCCGCCAAGCCGGCUCUUCCACCGCCUCAUGUCAGGACCCCCCAAACGGCGGCGUAUGCGACCAGCUGGACGACGAGACCCUGGAACAGUACCGCAGUGCUUUUCGCCUUAUAGACAAGAAUGACGACGGCGUCAUCUCGGCGUCGGAGGUGGCCAGUGUCAUGCGAUUCCUCGGCUACAAACCAACCGACGACGAGAUCCGCAACAUCAUAGCGAAAAUUGAUCAGGACGGUAAUGGAACGAUCGAGUUCGACGAAUUCGUUCCGCUGAUGUCCAGGCACUCGAAGAAGGCCGACAAAGAAAAUGACUUAUUCAUCACUUUCAAGGUGUUCGACCGGAACGGGGACGGAUAUAUCACAAAGGAGGAACUGAGGCACGUAAUGGAGAGUCUCGGCGAGGAACUGACCGACGAGGAAAUGGACAUGAUGCUGAAAGCGGCCGACAAGGACGGCGAUAAUCGCGUCAGCUUCGAUGAGUUUAAGAGCAUGUUCGCCAACGAUUGA